UGAGGUCAUUUAAUUGAAUUAAUCGAUAAAAUGCCUGCUGUCGCUAUAAAAAUGUUACGCAACCCAUGUAUAUUCCACUUGCGAAAUUCCUUGGGUUUGAGAAAAUAUUCGAGCGGCAUCGACAAUGUUGAGAAAACAUCGUUAUACGAUUUUCACGUCAAACAUGGAGGAAAAAUGGUGCCAUUCGCUGGUUACCUGCUGCCUGUCCAGUAUGCCGCCGAUGGUAUUGUCGCCUCCCACCUGCAUACCAGAAAGCAUGCUUCUUUGUUUGAUGUUUCUCAUAUGUUGCAGACAAACAUAACAGGAGAAAACUGUACAAAAUUCUUCGAAUCUUUAUGCACUGCCGAUGUGGAAGGGUUGCCAAAUGGAUCUGGUACCUUGACUGUUUUUACCAAUGAAAAAGGUGGUAUACUCGAUGAUUUGAUUGUGACCAAAGUAAAUGAAAGCUGCCUAUAUGUCGUAUCAAACGCAGCUAUGAAACAUCAAGAUAUGGAUAUCAUGGUGAAAGGACAGAAAUCCUACGCCGGAGGAGAACAUAUCAAGGUACAAUUUAUGCAACCUACAGAAAGGGCCCUUUUAGCAUUGCAAGGGCCCGAGGCAGCAGCAGCUUUGCAGCCCCUGACAGAUCUGCCCCUGAAAGAUCUGUACUUUAUGACUAGUGCUACAGCUAAAGUUGCUGGUAUACCUGAUUGCAGAAUUACGAGAUGCGGUUACACAGGUGAAGAUGGUGUAGAAAUUUCAAUACCAGCUGAUAAAGCAAGUGAUGUUGCAGAAGCUUUACUCAAGUCGACAACGGGGCAUGUUAAAUUAGCUGGAUUGGGAGCCAGAGAUUCUCUAAGACUUGAAGCUGGGUUAUGUCUUUAUGGAAAUGACAUCGAUGCUACCACAACUCCAAUAGAAGCAGCUUUGGCAUGGCUUGUUGCAAAACCUCGAAGAACGAAGGCUGAUUUUCCCGGCGCUGAAGUCAUAUUGAAACAAUUGGCCGAUGGUACAACGAGACGGAGGGUUGGACUCAAGCCUGUGGCCGCUGGUCCUCCUGCACGCCACGGAACACCAGUUUUUAGCAGAGAUGGAUCCACCGAAUUAGGAGUCGUUACCAGUGGCUGCCCAAGUCCUUCGCUAGGAGGACAUGUUGCCAUGGGCUACGUACCUAAGAGCAUGAUGAAGGUUGGAACUGAAGUGUCGUUCAAAGUUCGAGAUAAGGUCGUUGCCGCGGAAGUAGCUAAAAUGCCUUUUGUAGCGGGAAAGUAUUAUACACCUCCUAAACAAAAAUAA